UUUUGGGACAGCUCCACACAACAUCCUAACACCAACUGGGGAAACUAACAGACCUUUUUCAACCAAAUACAACAGCACCGCGUAUUUUUAUUAUUUUUUUUACGUUGCCAUGGAGGACCAACUAAAACAUCAUUCUGUUUGCCAUACCUGCUUGAGAACAGACAGUGUCAUAAAUAAGGUCAUAAAGAUGUACUGGUCCGUACGGAUGCCCAUAUGCAUACUGCUUUUAACCCUGUCUGCCUUCGAAGUGGCCUCAGCUGAAACGUUAUGUGGUGGAGAGCUGGUGGACGCGCUACAGUUUGUCUGCGAAGACAGAGGCUUCUAUUUCAGUCGACCAACUAGUAGGUCGAAUAGUCGGCGUUCUCAAAAUCGUGGGAUUGUGGAAGAGUGUUGUUUUAGCAGUUGUAACCUAGCUCUACUGGAACAAUACUGCGCUAAACCUGCCAAGUCAGAGAGGGACGUUUCAGCCACAUCCCUACAGGUCAUCCCGGUGAUGCCCCCAUUAAAACAGGAGGUCCCAAGAAAGCACGUGACCGUGAAAUAUCCCAAAUACGACGUGUGGCAGCAGAAGGCCGCCCAGAGGCUACGGAGGGGCAUCCCUGCCAUCCUGCGGGCCAAGAAGUAUAGGCGGCAGGCGGAGAGAAUCAAGGCCCAGGAGCAACUGCACCACCACAGGCCUCUCAUCACACUUCCCAGCAAGCUGCCGCCCAUCCUUCUCCCCACAGAAAACUACGUCAGCCACAAGUGAAACCAGGAUCAUUUGCACAGAGUCGAUAAAAAAAGACUUAGGGGAUCAAAGCUUUUUGUCUCUGACGUCAUUUCUGUGGCAGUCCUCAACAACCCUUCUUCCUUCCCCACCAGACGUGCUCACACGCUCUUCGAGUUUCCAUUCUUGCUGUUUCGUUCACCGACAAAAAGGCAAAUCAUAAGCGAGAGGUGAAGAAGCAAAAGAAAGAGCGAAGAAGCGGCGGAACGUCGAACGUUUUCGCCAGUCCGGAGGACGUCAGAACGCGAGGAACAGCUAGAGCUAGCAUGAACGAACCCAUUCCACUGCAUUCUCCCGAGACAAACGUAUCUCUCUUUUAGUCCUUUUUAAAUAUUAGUUUGCACCUGUAACUAUAAAGGGACAUCCACACUGUAAGGAAUUGUUGUAAAAUUAGAUUCCUGUUCCAGCACCUUGUUAAUCACAAACGAAAAGCAGAGAAGAGUCUGCGAAUUGCACAUCGCCACGGAUUACGUCAAAGUUCUUGUUAAGUAAAUAAAAAAGGCACUAUUUUUUUAUGGACUAUGAACAUGUAGCUCAAAAAAUGUCAUGGUGCUAGCUUUGGGAAUGGACUCAAAGGAGAAGGGGUUGACAAGCAUGUUUUUUUUUUUUUUCCUUUGAAACUUUAUUAAACUUUCCGUUUUAAGGAAAGUGUGACUUUGGAAAGAGCGAACGAGAGCAUAUUGGCCGCGGGGAUAUCAGAUGCGUAUACGUAAGACACGCGCGACGUAUGCCUUGGGUCCCGGAAGGGAUCACGUUCAAACGCCUGGACGUGAAGAACUCGCCUCCUUUCGAGCGUGGCUGCACAAAACCCCUGCUUUGCACUGCAGGAACAUUGUGACCUUGAAAAAGUGGGAUGUUUGUAUUUUCUAUGUUCUAUUUCGUGAAAACGCUUCAAGGAAAAAAGAAAAAAGAAAAGAAAAAGAAAAGCCCAGUUUGGUUUCUGGUACCGUGACAUUGUUGUUGUUGCAAAAUAGGCUUGUGUUUUUGUAACGUUAUUUUACAGUUCUGAAAAAAAAAAAAAAGGCACAAAUAU